CAUCCACAUCCGGGCCCUCGCAGCUCCAGCCCUGUGAUCUGUCACGAAGAUACUUCUCUUCUGCUCUUUCGGCGAAACCCCGUCAAAAUGCCGUUCUCGGAGCUGUAUUUUAACGUGGACAACGGUUAUCUGGAAGGACUGGUGAGGGGAUUCAAGGCCGGCAUCCUCUCUCAGGGAGACUAUUUGAACCUCGUCCAGUGCGAGACCCUUGAAGAUCUGAAGCUCCACCUGCAGAGCACUGACUAUGGGAGCUUCCUGGCCAAUGAGGCCUCUCCUCUCACUGUGUCCGUCAUUGACGACAAACUGAAAGAGAAGAUGGUGGUAGAGUUUCGUCACAUGAGGAACCAGUCCUAUGAGCCUCUGGCUAGCUUCAUGGACUUCAUCACUUACAGCUACAUGAUUGACAAUGUGAUCCUGUUGAUCACGGGUACUUUGCACCAGCGAGCCAUCUCUGAGCUGGUGCCCAAAUGCCACCCGCUGGGCAGCUUUGAGCAGAUGGAGGCAGUCAAUAUUGCUCAGACACCCGCUGAACUUUACAAUGCCAUCCUCGUGGACACGCCUCUAGCUGCCUUCUUCCAGGACUGUAUAUCCGAGCAGGACUUGGAUGAGAUGAACAUUGAAAUCAUUCGAAACACACUCUACAAGGCUUAUCUCGAGGCUUUCUACAAGUUCUGCUCAAACCUGGGAGGAACUACAGCAGAUACCAUGUGUCCGAUCUUAGAGUUUGAGGCGGACCGCAGGGCCUUCAUCAUCACCAUCAACUCUUUUGGCACAGAGCUGUCCAAGGAGGACCGGGCCAAGCUCUUUCCUCACUGCGGCAAGCUGUACCCUGAGGGGCUAGCGCAGCUGGCCCGGGCUGACGACUAUGAGCAGGUCAAAGCUGUAGCCGACUUCUACCCGGAAUAUAAACUCCUCUUUGAAGGAGCUGGCAGUAACCCUGGAGACAAGACACUGGAGGAUCGUUUCUUUGAGCACGAAGUGAAGCUGAACAAGCUGGCUUUCCUCAACCAGUUCCACUUCAGCGUCUUCUACGCAUACGUGAAGCUGAAGGAGCAGGAGUGUCGAAACAUCGUCUGGAUCGCCGAGUGCAUCGCCCAGCGGCACCGUGCCAAAAUUGACAACUACAUACCCAUCUUCUAGUACCCCCCCCCCCCCCCCCCCCCCCCCAGUGUGUAACGCAUUCUCACUCUCUCACUCUCUCUCUCUCUUUCACACAAGCACAGACACAUCCACACACACACACGCACACCAUACACCCAAGUCCAUGCCAUUAUGCUACACCUCUGCAUUUCAGUUUUCUCUUGGCCUGUAUUUCUCUCUCAUUCCAUGGUGUUAAAGGAGGUCCACAGCAACACAUUGGAAAAUGUUUGAUGUUCCCUGCAUCACCUUCCCUGAAGUUGUAAAAAAAUCUUGUUUAUUUAUUUUUGUUUUUGUUUGGUUGGUUUGUCUUUGUCAGUAUUUGGCCAUCUCCCGUCCUGAUGGCAUGUAGGAUACAUUCUUCAUCAGAGUGGGUUUAGAUCGAGCUAUUGAUAAUGAUGUUUGUGUAGUGUUUCCUAAGUCAUGAUUAUAAAAAAGGGUGAAUCAACUGUUUUCUGUGUAAUUUACUGCAUUGGUUAUGAAAGAAAAUAUGAUGUUUGAAAGUGGAUAUAUUGGCUCAAAAAAGCUUAAGUACAACUUCUAUAUUAAUGUGUGCUAUGAGAAAUGUCACGUGUGAAUUAUGUCCGAUAAAUGAAAGGGGUAUAUCUUGGAUCUCUAUUCAAUUCUCCCCUUGGAAAGAUUAUAUGUAAAAUUAUACAAUAUAUACAUAUUUCAAAAUGGAUAUUCGAAUUUAUUUUCUUUUUGUUCAAAUGAUUUAUUGCUGCUUUAUCAGUUGUGUGUCUGUUUUGUGAAAUGUGAACUGUAAAAGUGACAACCAAUAAACUGUCAUUGUCCUCGUAUCAAUCUGAA